CCCACCUGAUCAGCUGACUUGAACAAGGAAGUUGCUCAUAGAAAAUGAAAACCUGUCUGGCUGCUCUCAUGGUUGUAACACGUUUGACUUGCUCAGAGAAAUGCUGUUGCCAGAGCUGUUCGAGACCUGUUGAGUUUACAGCACUCAGUUUCAGGGAUGGCAAAAAUGCUGAAAAAACUCUUCAGAGUGUUGUCACUUUUUGCUUUGCUCAGCCUGGCGUGCUUUGUUGUGCUUCUGUUUUACGGCAAACACGGCACUUUAACUUAUUUGACUAAACCACACUAUGCAGAAGGAGAAAAUGACACUCUUGCCAGGAUGAUUAAACAGCGUGUACAAGAACUGUGGGAACUGAACACCAAAGCUACAGAAGACAAGCAGGCAGUGACACAGACCACAGCUCCUCAGGUCAAGACUUUGGAGCCCUGUCCAGACCCCCCUCCAAAGCUUGUGGGUCCACUCCGUGUGGAGUUUAAUUUUGAUCGGACUUUGGAUGAAGUGAGAAAGGAAGUCAGUUUUCUUCAGGAGGGAGGAAGGCACAAGCCAGAAGACUGUGUCGCCUCACAGAAGGUGGCGAUCAUCAUCCCGUUCCGAAACCGGCAUGAGCACCUUAAGCACUGGCUCUACUACCUGCACCCCAUACUGCUACGACAGCAGGUGGACUACGGGGUGUAUGUCAUCAACCAGGAUGGAGAGGGGGUCUUCAACCGGGCUAAACUGAUGAAUGUAGGCUAUGUUGAAGCGCUGAAGGAGUACGACUAUGACUGUUUCGUCUUCUCUGAUGUCGAUUUGGUUCCUUUAGAUGACCGGAACCUCUACAGGUGCUUCGACAAUCCCCGACACCUGGCUGUGGGCAUGGACAAAUUUAACUUCCAUUUACCCUAUAAUACCUUCUUUGGUGGGGUCUCUUCAUUGUCCAAGGACCAGUACUUAAAGAUUAAUGGCUUCCCUAACACAUACUGGGGCUGGGGAGGUGAGGACGACGACAUUUACAACCGAAUUAUCUUCCGUGGAAUGUCCAUUUCUCGACCUGACUUUGUGACGGGAAGGUACAAGAUGGUCAAACACACGAGAGACCAGCACAAUGAGGCAAACCCUGCGAAUCCUGGAAAACUGGGCCAAACCAAGUGGACCAUGGAUAAAGAUGGGCUCAAUACUCUUAAUUACACAGUCAAGGCCACUGUGAAGGAUAGAAUGUACACUUUUAUCACUGUGGAUAUUAACGCCCCGCCAAGCUGAAUGAGGAUGUGGAUCCUGGUUGGUGCUUGCGACAUCUGUCUCAAGAUACAAAGAAAAAGAUUUGGAACUCAACUUAUACAGUCUUGGGUGUGUUUAAGGUGUGUGCGUAAGGAUCGCGAAUGCAAUCGUGCGCAAAUGUGUGUGUGUGUGUGUAAGUUAAAUAUAAAGUAACUGUCAACUUAACUUAAGUGCUGGGAAUAUAUGCAGUUUCAGUGAUUGACAACCAUUCUUUAAAAAAGAAUGUGAAAUUCAUAUUUCUCCUUACCCCCACACAUAUUUCAAACGUACAGCUGUGAAGGCUUUCCACAACAUGUUGGAGUGUUUCUGUGGGAAUUUGUGCCCAUUCAUGCAGUAGAGCAUUUGUGAGGUCACACACUGAUGUUGGACCAAAAGGCCUGGCACAGUCAUGCUGGAAUAGAAAAGGGCCUUCAACAAACUGUUGCCACAAAGUUGGAAGCAUAGCAUAGUCCGAAAUGUCUUGUGAAAGGAAAUCAUUAAGAUUUCCCUUCACUAGAAGUCAGGGGCCGAGCCCAGCCUCUGAACAAUAGCCCCAUAAAGAGGUGUGUAUGGAUACUUUUGUUUAUAUAGUGUAUUUCUUAAAUGGAGCAGUGAGACGUUGAGCUUCUCUGUUGAUUUCAAACACUGCAAUAAUCAACAGUCUGCUCACAGAUAAGCAAGAGUGGACAAGAAUAUGGACACAAGAGACGCAAGAGACAUUUUACGACUUACUUCCAGGAGAUAUUUGUGCAGCAUUUUAUAUAGCCAGUGAGGGGGUAAAGGGGUUUUAUAUUUGUCUCAUUUAUACAAUGGUUUCUAAUUUGUCUUCACUGUACAAAAAAAUAACUCUUCUCUGCUUGACAUUAUUGUGACUGUAGGUGCACAUCAGCAGCAAGGGUUUCCUUUAAAACAAAUUGUAAAAAUCCAUCGGCUCUGAAGGAUAUUUAACUACAUUAUGACAGGAUUCCUUAAACUUUCGACUGCCCCGGGGUAAGAAUGAAGCUAAAAUAAUUCUUUUUCACGGAUGGGUUUACUGUUAUUUGUGUUUGGAAUGCAGUAUCAUUGUACAAUUGUACCAGUGGUUUCUGUAGCAAUCUUUCAGAAAACAUGUUUAAGCUGUUGUAAAGAACAGCAAUGAAAUGUGUGCUCACUAUGAUCCAGCACUGUGUGCUUCUCCUCGAAAAUCAAAACUUAAUUAAACUGCUUUUGCAAGUCA